AUGAGAGGAAUCCGGCGUAUCUUAUACCCAGAUAGUACACAAAUCGUCGCGCCUCAAAGGCUCAAAGCAGUUUGGAGACAAACCUGUAAUACUAGUAGUGCCAUAAUGCACAGUGAGAGAAGCCGGUACAAACCACGUCGCGCUGUCAUCAGUGCCUUAUACAGGGCAUUAGAUACUACAAAGGAAGAAACGGCUCCAGAUUUGACUGCUGAUGAGCCUGCCUUUUCUGACGUGCCUUCAAUUCAUCACAUAUAUGACAGAUAA